AUGGAUGUGUGUCUGAACUCCACGCUGCAGCCCGGGCACCUUGGGGAAGCACCGAGGACUCCAGGUGGCUGUCUAGAGGCAGAGAAGAAGGAGAGUCUCCAAAAAGAUGGCACUGCGGGACUCCCACAAGAUUCUAACAAGAUAGAGUCAUCUCUUCAAAGCCUCCAGAAAUUUGCUCCUACAAAUUAUUCCAGUUACACUCAGGAGAAUUAUCUGUAUGCAGGCAAGAAGAUUGUCAUUCAAGAAUCAAUAGAGAGUUAUGGAGCAGUGGUGUGGCCAGGGGCUACAGCUUUGUGUCAGUAUUUGGAGGAACAUACAGAGGAACUGAAUCUCCAAGAUGCUAAAGUACUUGAAAUUGGUGCUGGACCAGGCCUUGUUUCCAUUGUGGCUAGUAUUUUAGGUGCUCAAGUCACAGCCACUGAUUUGCCUGAUGUCCUAGGAAACCUUCAACACAAUAUUUUGAAAAACACACUAAAAUGUGCAGCCCAUCUGCCUGAUGUGAAAGAACUGGUAUGGGGAGAAGACCUGGAACAAAACUUCCCCAAGUCUACUUUUUAUUAUGAUUAUGUUUUGGCCUCUGAUGUGGUCUACCACCAUUACUUCCUGGACAAGUUGCUCACCACCAUGGCAUACCUUUGUCAGCCAGGGACGGUGUUGCUUUGGGCAAACAAAUUCAGAUUCAGCACUGACUAUGAAUUUUUAGAUAAAUUCAAGCAAGUGUUUGAUACAACACUCUUAGCUGAAUUUCCAGAGUCAUCAGUCAAACUUUUUAAAGGAAUACUAAAGUGGGAUUAAACAAAAUGUCUUUCAAAA